GUCCUUUAAAAACGCCACACACUGUCCGCUGCAAGGGUAGCAGCUGAGCAGGCGUCGUUGCCGACUUUUCUGACUCCUAUAGCUGUCAGCCGUGGUUGCUAAAAUCGUUGUUGAAUGUUUUCUGUUUUACUUCUGCUACAUAAGACAACAGCAAAGUUAUUAUAUUGCUUUGAUUGCGUGAACUGGAGCAAAAUGGAUGCGAUAUUAAACACUGAACGGCAAGAUCUAGAAGAUUAUUACGGGCUGUUAGGAUGCGAUGAACUGUCCACGUCUGAACAGAUUCUGACAGAAUUCAAAGCCAGAGCUUUGGAAUGCCAUCCUGACAAGCAUCCUGAAAACCCUAAAGCAGUUGAAGAAUUUCAGAAGCUACAACAGGCUAAAGAUAUCUUAACUAAUGAAGAAAGCAGAAGUCGCUAUGAUUAUUGGCAUCGGAGUGGGAUUACAGUUCCAUUUCAUCAAUGGGAUGCUCUCAGUGACUCAGUGAAAAUGUCAAUGCACUGGGCUGUCAAGAAUAAAAAAGAACCUAUGUUAGAAGCAUCUUCGUCAGAAACUACAGAUAAAUCAGGAAGCAGUAAUCCAUUAUAUCAGCUCAAAGAAAGAAAAAAUGACUCACCAGCUGAUAAACUAAAGCAGGAAGACAUUGACAUCUCUACAAAUAUGAUAGAAGAUGAUUCACAAUUUUCAAAGUACUCAACAUCUCCAAGGAUGUCAGAUGUGAACUACUGGCAUAUGCGCUUUCGUUGGUCUGCUGAUGCACCCUCUGACCUCCUGAGGAAAUUUAGAAACUAUGAAAUCUGACAGCUCUUCUGAAUGCUUCCAAAUGAAGCCUUCACUUUGAUAUUUCUAUCAUGGCUGCAUUUCUGUUUCUGUUUAAAUAUUGUAUCUAAUGUUAUUACUAUUUCUAAAUGUAUUAUCUUGCUUGUUAUAUAUUUGUAUUAUAUUAUAUUUUAUUAUAUUUAAUGCAUGUUUCUGUAUAAAGCCAGGCACACACAUCAUUCAUUGAACUGGUAGGGGUCAGAUCUUUCAGACUUCCUCUGUUUAAACUGUACUCCACUAUGAUUUUUUCAGAGUAGACACAUUUGCCUUUUUUUUCUUUUGCACAUUGUAGUAUGACUCACUACAUAUUAGUACUACAUAAUAGUGAAGUUCAAAACCCUGGAUAGUGAUUGGUGAGAAAGUAUUGUGCAAUGCCCCAAAAUGUGAAUCUGUGCACAAAAAGUUUCAAAACAAAAUUAUUUGUUAUAAUUUGCUACCUUUUACAACACAGUCACUCAAAAAAAUUAUUUUAUUAAGCGUUUCAUUAUUCAUUUUAUGAAAAAAUGCAGAUUACUCUAUCCCAAUAAUGUAAGCAUAUAAAUAUGUGCAAUACAUCAGACUAAUUUGCAAACUAAUCAUGGAAAUAUUUUAAACUGAUUGCUGUUUUCUUGGGGAUUUGCCUUUGGAUUCUGUAAGGCUUUGUCCAAUUUAGGUGUUGUAUGCCUCUUAAUAAAGUCUUGCACUUAUUCAUUUUUAUUUUACUAGAAAUUGUUAGAUUUUUUACCUUCAUUUUAAUCUGAAAAUUAGUUGUGUGUUGUGAAAUUCUGGUGUUAACCUCCUACAUUCCAUGAUAUUUUGGCAUUACAGAAAAUUACACAAAUUCCAUUUAAUUUUGACAAUCCAACAUAGUGGUCAUUCACAGUCCACUGUAUAGCAGUUGUAUAAUGUGGCUAAAUUUCGUGAAACCAUGAUUGAAGCAACCAACUUUGCACAGCAAGGAAAAGAAAGGUCUAGGGUUCUAAACCUCUUCUACAACAUCAACAGAAUGGUUUGGAGGGACAGGUAUAUUUCACAGAGGAUACUGCUGCUGUGGAACAGACUUCCCAGUCACGUAAAACAAAGUUCAUCCUUGACCAUUUUCAAGCGUAACUUAGAUGGAUGGGAAACUGAAAAUUUACCACAGGACUGCCCUCUGUACUACUAAAUGGACAGGUGCAGCUCCUAAAAGCUUUAUCCCAUGCAUGGGUCCCCUCAAAUUAUGGUAUGAUCCCAUUUAUUCUCAUUAGGGAUAAUAUUAAAUUAUUGAUCAUGGGCUGGGUAAGGCCAGUGUAUAACCAAAUGGGAUAGGUUAUUUCAAGCACAGAAAAAGAAAUUGGGUAGGCUUAAAAUGGCCUGCAAAGGCAGCUAGCCUAGUACUUACUUAUGAACCUAUGAGCCUAUAAGGAAAUAUAGGGCCUCAUUGUCACCUAACAUGUAUUUAAUGUACAAAAAUAAGCCAGUAACUGCAAUGGUUAAAUUAUUUUCAUAGCUUCUGGCAAACCUGCAGAAAAUAAAAACAAUAAACAUUCUUUAUAUUUUAUUUUGGUUAUACUUCAUUUUAGGGUCCCGCAGUGUCCCCAUGGUUAGCAUAGCUGCUUCACAGCUCUUGGUUUUCAACUCACUUUUGAGCUGGCACAUCUUCUCUGUGGAGUCUGUGCAUCUUACCUGUACACAGUCCGAUUUUUGGUAAGUGUUAUGAUUUCUCCCAUAUCCCAAAGAAGUGCCAUAUGUGAAGGGGUAUGAAUUGUCUACAUGUGUGUCUUAUGUGUGAGACUGAGUGAAUGAAUAUAUAUAUGCAUAUAUUGUAAAAAGAACCAGAGACUUGCUAGCACUUAUAUGCCCAGUUAGGUAAGAGCUGUAAUAUUUACAAAGUUACAGCCACAUUCUAAGAGAGUAUAAGGUGUAGAGCCCAAUGUAUGUAUUACGUCACUUGGGUAUAUUAGAUACCUGGAGUUCGGCCACAAUAAGAUUUAUGUACUCACUGGAGUUUGGCCACAAUAACAUUUAUGUACUCAUAAAUCUUGUUAAAUUACAUACUCUAUCAGUGAUGAUUACAUUUUAAAAUACAUUUUAUAAAAGUAAGUGAUUUGUUGGGAAGUUUGCAUGGUAGUGUACUAAAAAGUAAUUGGCUGCUGAGGGCAGUAAAUUACUAGAUGGGGUGGCAUAGUUAUUUAAAAUGAACUGGCUUUGUUAAGCUUUGUAUAUGCCACUGAAGUUAGCAGUAGGAAUAAAACUUUAUCUUUGAAGUUUUGGGGAGAUUGAGUCACAUCCUAUAGGCUUGCAUUUCUGCUUAUGAUAUAGAUUUCACAAGGCAGAUUGUCCAGGGAAGCCUUUUUUGCCAAGAUCUAAGAUAUGGGUAAUGACUUUCCUAGCCUCUGAUCCUUUCUGACACUUAUUACCGAAUCUACAUAAAACUCCAAAGUGUUUGGCUACCAUGCCUUUAUCCUGUCAGUUUACUGCACGUAUUACCAGCCUCCACAUAACUGUUAUCCAUACAUGUAAACCAACAGGAUGACUGAACAAUUAAAUAAAGAAAAUGUAAGAUUAGAUCUCCUGCUUUGUUUAAAUGUGUAUUAAUGAGUCCUGAGUAACCAAUGAUAUUAGUAUCUGCUGAACUCAUUUUUUUCAGAUAAUGUUCAUAAUGGUACUUUACUUUAAUAUAAAAUAUCAGUUGAAACAAUAAAUGGAAGCAAUGUGACAUCAUAUGAGUUUAGAGAAAAAUGUAUAAAUCUUACAUGAUCAUUAUAGCAUAAGUAGGGCAUUGCAGCUUUGUAGUUCUUUUUCUGUGCAGUUUUACAGCUAAGAGGACUGAAGGAAUAAUUUCUGAGAUAAUUAUGAGGGAGAAAACUAGAUUCAAAUUGACUGAUAAAAAUAAAAUAAAACAGUGAGCCAGCAUUUGAGUAUGUAUACAUAUGCAGAAGAUGUAGGACAAAGGUUCUAUAUUACAAGACCGAAAGUGCAUAUGUGCGACUACAUAAAAAUCGACACAUAAUGCACGAAACUAAAAAUAGUGAACCACCACUUAAGCAAAUUUUUCCCUAGGGAAAAAACUUACAAGGCCGUUCGCUAAAAACAAAAAAUUUAACACCAUAAACAGGUGGGGAGUUCUGCCCCCCACACCUCCCCUAACUAAAUAUACCAACUCCAAGAUCGCACUAUAAGGAAGGAAAGGGAAACUCCAUUAAGUUGGCCAAGUAUCUCCUUGCCCUAUGACAUAUUCAUCGAAUCGCUUAAAUGCAUUUCGAUGAAUAUGUGUCGCUGUUUCCAUAUUCGCUCAGAAGCAUUUUUGUGCUUCUAAUAUAGACCCAGGACAAAGACUCAGUAGAGGAACAAUGCAUGUGUGUGUGUUUGUCUGUGUCUACCUGUAGACCAGUUUAGCUUAUGGAUUUUGUCAGCAUGACAUUUCCAUUUUCUCUGUACUUUUUUGUAUAUCAUUACUAUAUAUAAUGUGUAUAUUUGUAUAUAUCUUAUGUACUAUUUUAAGCGUCCUUUCAUUCAGCUGUUGUAGUGAUGGCAUUUUAUAUCAGGAUCCCCAUUUGUCAGUGGUAAGAUUAGAUUAUCUCUACAAUAAUCACAAAGAGCACCUUCCUUUUUAAUUUGAAAAAUCCCCAUUUAAUCUGAAAAAUUACCAAUUAUUUGAUUGUAAUACUAAAGACCGAUUUAUAGUACAAUUGUACUUAUAAUUUAUCUGCUUAUUGGUUUUAAACACUGAAAAUGAAUGAAAUUAAGAAAGGUAAAGUUUUUUAUUGGCAGAAGAUGUUGGAAGAGGGGGAAUUAGGAGCAUCUUCUACUCUGUACUGGCACAGUAAAGCAAGGGACAUGUUCCAUAGCUUAUUGUUAUUUACAGAAGAGUUAUUUUGUAUUUCUGUCAGUCCAGAAUUGUGAAUGUUUUCUGUAUAAUACAGACUGGUCAUGUUUCUGGUUUUAUUUAUGUCCUUUUUUGAUGUAUGCAGCUAAAAUGUAACAAAAUGAAACAGAUGCUACCUCUGCAUUUACCACACUGCAUUCGCCACAGUAAGAUGAGGACUACAAUAUUGGAUGUAUUUGUUAUUCUGUAGUUAGACAGCAUUUAAAGUAAAUUUCCUUGUACACAAAAGUCUUUUACUUUCACCCUUUUACCACUGAACUACAUAUUUGCUGGUAUCAUUAAGGAAGUGUAAACUUUAGCAGAAAGAAAAGUCACUAUUUACUUCAGCUUGGUCUUGUUCAGUCUCCAACAUUUUGAAAGUUCUAAGACAAUGCCAUCAGGUUUUAUACAAAAGGCAACGAUGGUAAAGAAUUAUGUGACAAUAAACUAUUGAUAUUGAAUGUGAAACCUCUUUAUUGCAUAAAGCAAGAUUUAUCCAUGUAUUUGCUGUCUAGUUGUUUGGUUAUAUUUUCAAAUGUAUUGAAACAUUUUUACCUCUAAGAAGACCACUCUGUUAAAUAAGAUGUCUGCAGAAGAAAAGCAGAUAAAAUUUCCUCAGACUGUAAUGUCUGUGAGUUUAGUUUUUAAUGAAUACUGAGCAUAUGCCCUUUUAUACCUUGCUGACUAUACAUACAGUAGAAUAAUAAGGACAUAUUCAUGUAUUGCAUUAGGAUUUUCUAGUGCUCUUUUCAUGGUGCACCCAAAAACUAUAUUGAAAUGUAGUGAUACUUACUAAUGGAGAACUACACAUGGCUGACUAUCUGUUUUUAAGGCUGUUUCUCUAUUAAUAAAUGGCAUAACAUGCA